UACUGUUUAUUACAUUUUCCUAAAAAUAUUCCAUAUUGUUGCGUAAGUAUUAAGUUAUAUAAUAUAAGCAAAGCUUCUUUUACUUAGCGAUCAUUUUAAUUGAGGCGAUCUACUUUUUAAGACCGGAUUUUCUGAGGGUGUCACUGGCACAUUUUCCCCCGUCAAUUCACGAUAUAAUAUGCUCUCUUACACGAGUGCACUUGCGCAUGCACCUCUGCUCGCAGGGUAGCAGUUAGAGUUUCUGCCUUUCCAAAUCUUUCAAUUUUUAGCUUCGAGUGAACGGCAAGGGAUAAAAAUAGACAAACCUGACAUUUUGGUGAAGUAUUGUUCUAUUAGUAUUAACACAGACAGGUUCAGUCUGAAUACUGACACGAAUUCCUAAUUAAAGCUUCUUGGUUCUUCUUUCUGAUCUUCAGUCGCACAUUUUCAGAUCCAGCAACUCGGUUCCAUCGGCGAUGGUUGCCACCAACAACGGGAUUUGAAAUACGAAGCUUUCAAAAAGUGUCAGUUAAUUAGAUUUUGUGUCGUUUAUCGAUAACAGGUUUCAAAACGGAUGCUAGUCCAACAGUUAAGCUACUAGUGAGCUUUUACGCACGUGCUGAGUACAAAACAGUAUCAUAUAGCAGAACUUGGUCGUAAUUACGAACCUUCCAGGAAACAGCUCUUCAGACAAGCCCGAGAGAAUCUGCCGAGAAUAUUCAAAGUCUUUUUUUGUUUUAAUAAGAACUAUUGACCUUCCUUUAGUUAGAGCUGUUUUGUUUUGGCUCAACGACUUUUGGCGAGUGAAUAAUUUAUAAGGAAUAAUCAAUCAAGUCAAUCCAUCAAGUUGAACAGUAUGCUAAUCGAAAAGGACGCUAUAACAAGGAAAAUGGCCAAUAUUGUGAAAUUAAGAACAAAGCAAUCCUUUAUUUUUGGAAUGCUACUGCUGUUGCUCAUUCUGAUAAAGACUGCCAAACCAGAAAGGUUGGAUAAAUACCAAGAAGGAGACUUGAUUCUAGGAGGAAUGUUCCCGAUUCACUCAAAAUCAUGCAGUUGUGUUACAAGUUCAGACGAAGAUUGUCAUCAGAUAUAUCCAAAAGGAUUGUUUCUGGCUGAGGCAAUGGUAUAUGCUGUAAUGCUCGUUAACCAAAGAGGUAUUCUACCCUACGAUAUGUCGCUAGGAUAUAAUAUUCGAGAUACGUGCAAUACUCUCGAUAUGGCUGUUAAAAACGCUCUGGUUUUUGUCACUCAAAGGAAGAGGAAAUCUAUGGAGACCAUCGAUGAUUUUCAAAAGGCUUUGGGUAAACAUUCUGAUCCAUUUUCCCUCAAUGGGGAUAUUUCGAUGGGAAAUAAUCACUCAGCUAUUAUUGCUGUAGUAGGGGCAGGAAAUAGUGAACUUUCCUUAGCCGUGAACAAUAUAUUAACUUUGUUUAACAUCCCUCAAGUAGGAUAUGCUUCUAGUUCAGCUGUUUUUAGUGACAAGACCCGUUAUAAAACAUUUCUUCGAGUUCUACCACCAGACAACCUUCAAGCCAAAGCAAUUGCUCAAUUAUUUGCUCAUUUUAAAUGGAACUACGUGUCUCUCGUGUCAUCUAAUGACCACUAUGCUGGUCCUUUGCGCGAAUCGUUUCGCCAGGAGAUCCAACGACUUGGAAUAUGUCUAGCAAAUGACAUCAUAUUUUCGUAUUUACCCUCGAAGAACAUAAUUGAAAAGGCGCUGAUGAGCAUAAAACAGACAAACAAAGCACGUGUAGUUCUGGUGUUUGCGUCUGAGCGCAGCGCUAAAGUUAUACUUCAAGCUGCAGAAUCGCUAAAUCUGACAGGUCGUAUUUGGGUUGCAAGCGAUUCGUGGUCUAAUGCUGUUAGCCUUUUUAAUCAAUACUUUUCAGUUUUAAAAGGAAGUUUGGGAAUUAUGUUUGCCGUUACUCCCGUACCGGAAUUCUUGGUUCAUCUAAAGAAUAGACUAAAUAAGUCUGCAGAAGAUAUACAUCAGGAUCCGUGGUUGAGAAGUCUCAACGAGGCUGUCCAAAAUGAAAAGUUAACAUCUCUUAUAAAUAAUUAUGUUAAUGCCAACCCGGAAUCAAAACAAAAUCUUUCAAACGUCAUGAAAAUCCAAAGUGUGUUUGCUAGAGUCGAUUACGUCAUUAACAGCGUGUUUAUCUUGGCCAACGUGAUCAGAGACUUUUGCUUUCGGUUAAACGUCAGUUCUGGUGCUACUAAAGCGGAAAAAAGAGCCUUUUGUCUUAAAAACCUUAACCCACAGUCGUUGCUACCGCUGUUGUUUAACAGAACUCUCACAGGCUUUAAUAAAAACCUGACGGUAGAUCAACAUGGCGACCCUCCUGGGAGCUAUGAUUUCUUUAAUCUUCAGCAGAGCGAAGAGGGAGAAGAACAUGAACAAAAAAAUCUUCGAAUUGGCAGUUACGAAUCAUUGUCCAAAGUGCUGAAACUAAACGACUCCGUCAUUGACUUGGGCCAGGGAAAGGGCACAGUACUUAUAUCAAGAUGUAGCGACACCUGUCUUCCUGGGGCCUACGUUGUUAAACGUAACUCCAAGCACACUGCUUGUUGUUGGGAUUGCAAAACAUGUCCGCCAGGUCACAUUAGCAAUGUCACCAUGGCCACGGAGUGUAUGGAGUGUAAUAUCGCCGAACACUUGCCUAACGAGAACAGAACUCAAUGUGUUUAUGUUCCUCUAAAAUACCUGACUCGAGCACACCCUUGGAGUAUCUUCAUUAGUAUUUGCAGUUUGCUUUGCUUCUUCUUGGCUGUCUUUUUUGUUUGGGUGUUCAUUCGUCACAGACGCAGUCCUGUCGUUCGAGCGAGCUGCUUCGAGAUCAGCCUGGUGUUGCUUCUGAGCAUAGCAGUCGGUUUUCUCCUCCCUCUCGUCAUCAUGAGGAAACCGAGCCACCUUCAGUGUCGAGCUUCAGCGUUUCUAUUUGCUGUAGUAUUUGCGGUAAUACUGUCGCUAACGUUAGCCAAGAUCAACAGGACAGUUCUCAUACUGAACAACCGCAUGGGAGGUGGUGGCUUCCAUCGAAAAUUCCUGCUUUCCAGGCGAGCGCAUUUCAUGAGUGUUCUAAUCUUUUCAGCCAUACAAGUAUCUAUUUGCAUCACAUGGUUUUUCCUGAACCCUCCCAAACCAAAAGUCUCUACCAUUCCUUUUCCGGACUUUGUCCGCUUUCUUCACUGCACCAGUCAUAAAAAUCCUUGGUUCUUAGUUUCCAGUGGAUUCUUGAUUCUUCUGAGUAUAAUCUGCACUGCCAUUGCCUUUAAAUCCAGAAACUUUCCAGAAAAUUACAACCAUGCCAGGUUUAUAUCACUUGCAAUGUUCACAUUCAAUGUUGUUUGGAUCACGUUUAUGGGUGCGUAUUAUGGGAACCCACAGCCAGGGAUCCAUCAAGUGAUAAUCCAUUGCUGUGCUAUUAUAUUCUCAAACCUUUGCUUGAUGAUGCUCAUCUACGGGCCCAAGGUCUACGUGAUCUUUUUUAGACCCGAGUUGAAUAAUGCAAGGACUUUUCGUGAGAUGAACUUACAGCAUUUACUCGGAGGACCGGAGAGGGGAAGGAAUUUCUCAUUCGCAGUUGGUACUCCUGGCCAUGGAAAUGUAUAUUUGAUGGAACAGUGCGAUCCAAAUGAGAAAGCUGUACAAACGGUGCACAUUCUUACUUACAACGCUCAAACACAAACAGACUUCAAGGAAAGGGUGCCCAUACGCAGACAUAAAAGCAGUCUUGUUAACAGGAUUUUCGGGCGAGGAGGUUGGAGAAAGACUGGAGAUAUCAUCAUGGUGUCCUCGUCACCUCAACACAAACGGGUCUGGAGUGAAAGUGAUGCAAUUAAGACUCGCAAGCAUAAAAGUCUCUCACAUUGCCAAAGUUCACCUGUUAUUUCAAAUUCGCAUUGCCAUACAGACAAUCAAGCAAAGCCCUUGCUACGCGACUUUGACAGUCACAGCUCUGAUGCUUUUGGACUACACAGCAUAGAAGAGGCGAAAGAAAGUCCUGCCACGUCUAGAAGCAGGUUAAGAAAUGCAGGGAAUCAAGACAUAGGAGAUUUUGAAAGCACCACCACUAACCAGUACUCAUGCUUCAGCGAAGAAGACGCAGAUAAUAACGACGGCGAUGAUGAAGAUGAAAGCACAGUAAAUGAUGUGAGAUAUGACGAUGUCUUUACCACAACUAACUCUAAAUCCGUAUAGCCAACGACAUUGAUGAUGAAGAUGAAAGUACGGUAAAUGAUGUGAGAUAUGACGAUGUCUUUACCACAACUAACUCUAAAUCCGUAUAGCCAACGACGGUGAUGAUGAAGAUGAAAGCACGGUAAAUGAUGUGAGAUAUGACGAUGUCUUUACCACAACUAACUCUAAAUCCGUAUAGCCAAUUUGUUGUAAAUCAUACUAAAAUAUUCUGCAAGGUGGGCCGUGAAUAUGAAAUACGGGAGAGAAGAAGCCUACGUGUCACGGUAAUGCUCACGAGUGAGUAUUCUUGCCCGAAAACAAUCUUAGAUUCUUGUCAUAUUUGCAGAACCAUGAGGUGUUUUAAUCAAUCCAGUGCUGCUCCUCUCCUGAUUGGUUCUGGUAGAGGAAGGGGAAGACUGGGGAGGAGGAAACAAGAAGAGGCAACACCUGUCAGCCAGCAUUGCCCUCUUUUUAAGAUUUGCGCGUUAGUACACUGACGAAGAAGUUUCUGUGAUCACCGCGGGUCAAGUAGAUGUACGUGCAAUGCAAUGCAUACUACGUCAAAGCUGGACGACUACAAUAGUUUACUUCUUCUGUUUUGUCCCGUAAGCCAGACCCACAAUGCACUGCAAUGCCAACUCGACCCAGUUUUUUCCUCAACCUAAAAAUGGCUAAUAUGAUAGUAUCAUGACAGAAUUACAGCCUGUUUAAAAGCAAAGGCCUCUAUUUAAAAUGACUAAAACUGACAUCAAUAGACUCUAUCCCGAAUUCGCUUGACUGGUCACGAAACAGUGGUUUCAGGUCGAGGUUGAACUUGAUGAAUAAAAGAAUCAAGUCCUGUCUCAACUUCAAACCAUUGUUUCGUGGUCAGUCAAGCGAAUUCGGAAUCGGCCUAUAUCAGAUUAUAUAUAAAUUGCAUAAAUGCUUGUUCUUAUUUAAACUUGAACAUGAACGUGAAUCGAAUAAAAGAACUAUGGACAGUUUCUGUAAAAUCGCACCAGAUUACUUUCAAAGGCAGUUUUGUUUCAUUUUGAAGUUUACUUGGAUGCUCUGUCAAGGAAAAAUCCACUUUGGCGUCAUGUUUUUUCAUUUCAGACCACAUGUCAUUUCCUUGAUAAUAAGAUUUUUUGUUGGAGUCUUGUCCAUAUUCAUGAGUCUUUUCAUGCACAAGCGUCAAACAAAGAAUUUAUACUCUAGGGAUUGACAUGCCCAAGUGGAUUUGGACUAAAGAUAUUCCGUAUUGAUUUUUUUUUUAAAUAGUACUGAUGAGAUCGAGGUUUUCUUUGAAAUGCUGUCUUUUGCUAAAAAUAUAUAUUAGGAGGUACCUUAAACCCGCAUGCUCUCACAGGUCUUACUUUCGGGUAUUGUAUCUAAAAAUAUCCUAGACAUUUGUAAUUUAAUACGAAAAUAUCCCCAUACAUUUUCUUUUAUAUAUAA